AAGAAAAAGAAAAGGAGAAUUAGGCAAAAACAAUGGAAACUCCCAAACUUAGCUGCAAGAAAUCCAAACCCCAAUGGACCAAUGGCCAUUUUCUUUUUUUCUUUCCCUUUUUCAUCUCUCUCUCUCUCUCUCAUUGUGUGAUAUAAACACUUGUCCUUCUCCUUCCCCCUUUUGCCCAAAAAAAGCUCUUCCCUCAUUUCCCAAUUUCAAUCUCUCAAUCCAUUCCUUUGUUAUUUAUAAUUCCCCACUUUGUUUACACCUUGCACCAACGCCAUUGCUCUGCAACAAACAUAAAGAACGGCAGGGUCUUGGUCCAAAUUUGAACAGCUUCGGGUUGUAAUUUGGUGCCUUGAUCCUAUCAAAAUAUUGGGAAAUCGCCAAGACCCUGCCGUCCAGAAUGAUAAAUAGAAACUGGAGUUGAAAUCAACCCAUGAUAAGAUCUUGUGAUGGGGUCCUUGAACUUGGAGAGGAAAUGGUUGUUUCCUCUUGUGAUAAGCUCUCUCAUAUGCAUAUUUCUUCUUGUCACCUUCUUCAACAUGGGUCUCGUCUCUUCGCUCUACACAAUCAACUCGCUUUUUGCAAUCUUUCCCACUCGAAUGACUAUGGACAACACAAGUGUUGCUUUUGCUGAAUCGAAGAUCGCACAACCUUCACCUCCUACGGGACCAACAAUCCCUCGUUUUGCAUAUUUGAUUUCUGGGUCAAAAGGUGAUUUGGAAAAGCUAUGGAGAAUCCUUAAAGCGUUGUAUCACCCUUUGAAUCAUUAUGUUGUUCACUUGGACCUUGAGUCACCUGCAGAGGAGCGAUUGGAAUUGGCCUCGCGAGUGGGAAACGAGUCACUUUUUGCUGAAGUUAAGAAUGUUUUCAUGAUCAGCAAGGCCAAUAUGGUUACUUACAGGGGACCCACCAUGGUUGCUAAUACUCUUCAUGCCUGUGCCAUUCUUCUUAAGAGGAGUGAGGACUGGGAUUGGUUUAUCAACCUCAGUGCUUCUGAUUAUCCUCUUGUGACUCAAGAUGAUCUUCUUUAUACAUUCACAAAUUUAGAUCGAAACCUCAAUUUUAUUGAGCAUACAAGCCAGUUGGGGUGGAAGGAGGAUAAACGAGCAAUGCCAUUGAUUGUAGAUCCUGGUCUAUAUUUGAUGACCAAAUCAGAUAUUUUCAACGUCAAUCCAUCGCGAGCUUUGCCAACAGCAUUCAAAUUGUUUACUGGUUCAGCAUGGAUGGUUCUGUCUCGUGAGUUUGUGGAAUAUUUCAUUUGGGGUUGGGAUAAUCUUCCUAGGACCCUUCUCAUGUACUACAGUAAUUUCGUCUCCUCUCCCGAAGGUUAUUUUCACACUGUCAUAUGCAACGUGCCCGAGUUUGCUAGUACGGCUGUGAACCACGACUUACACUACAUCUCUUGGGACAAUCCUCCCAAACAACAUCCACACACACUCUCUAUUAACGACACAGAGAACAUGAUCACGAGCAAUGCUGCCUUUGCUCGGAAGUUCAAACAAGAUGACCUCGUGCUAGAUCAAAUCGACAGGGAUUUGCUUCAUCGGAAGAAAGGGGACUUUACUCCUGGCGGUUGGUGUGCAGGCCACCCCAAGUGUUCCACAGUCGGUAACCCGAUGAAACUCAAACCAGGCCAAGGAGCUCAACGGCUUCACCGUCUUAUAACUAAACUAAUUUUGGCAGCUAGGUCUGGGGAAAACCAGUGUAAAUGAAUUUUUGUACAAGUUUGUUGCAGUAAAACUCAAAAGAACAAUUCAUGAGGGCUUGGAGGAGAAAGCUAAAUCCUGGGUUCGUCCUGUCAACUCAGACAACAUUGCAUUGCUGACUUGCAGAGAGCAACAUUAUACAUACCAUUGCUACUACAACAUGAUAAACUAAAGAAGGUUAGUUCCAAUAUUAGCAUAAAUGCAUUUUUCCACAUGUUGGGAUCAUUGGAGCUUUGAUAAAAACCAAAGUUACAGCUGAGUUCUACUAUUUAUGUAAAAACUUCAUCACACAAUAUUUCUAUACAUGCUGCACCCUUUUUUUUCCCUUUUA